AUGGUGCCAGCGCUACGUUACCUAGGCAGUGUCUACGGACUGGCCCGCGGGGGGUUUCCCGGGGGCUUCUCCGCGGCGUGCGCGCCCGCGCCGGGGAAGCCCUGGCUGUUGUGCCAAGGUGGCCGCAAAGCCAGCACCAGCUCAUUUGAUGUAGUCAUUAUUGGUGGCGGAAUUGUGGGGCUUGCCUCUGCCAGAGCACUCAUCCUGCAACAUCCAGCUCUUUCCAUUGGUGUUCUGGAAAAGGAGAAAGAUUUAGCUAUUCAUCAGACUGGACAUAACAGUGGUGUCAUACAUAGUGGAAUUUAUUAUAAACCUGAAUCUCUGAAAGCUAAGUUAUGUGUACAAGGCGCAGCCCUCAUCUAUGAGUACUGUAACCAAAAGGGAAUUUCCUACAAGCAAUGUGGCAAGCUUAUAGUAGCUGUUGAACAAGAAGAAAUUCCCAGACUUAAGGCCCUGUAUGAGAGAGGCCUGCAGAAUGGUGUCCAGGACCUGAGGCUGAUCCAGCAAGAGGACAUAAAAAAGAAGGAGCCAUAUUGUAGGGGUCUAAUGGCUAUUGAUUGUCCUUAUACUGGCAUUGUGGACUAUCAGCAGGUGGCUUUGUCAUUUGCCCAGGAUUUCCAAGAAGCAGGUGGCUCUGUUUUGACCAGUUUUGAAGUAGAAGAUAUUGAAAUGGCUAAAGAAAGUCCUUCAAGAAGUAAAGAUGGAAUGAAAUACCCAAUUGUUAUAAGGAAUACAAAGGGAGAGGAGGUUCGAUGUCAGUAUGUUGUGACAUGUGCAGGACUUCACUCAGACCGUAUUUCCGAGUUGAGUGGCUGCAAUCCCAAUCCGCGAAUUGUACCAUUCCGGGGAGAUUACCUGCUCUUGAAGCCAGAAAAACGCUAUCUUGUAAAAGGGAAUAUUUAUCCAGUCCCAGAUAGCCGAUUUCCUUUCCUAGGAGUUCACUUCACACCAAGGAUGGACGGCAAUAUUUGGCUAGGGCCGAAUGCAGUUCUUGCCUUUAAACGAGAGGGUUACAGACCCUUUGACUUCAGUGCCAGAGAUAUUAUGGAUAUAAUUAUCAAGAGUGGCUUGAUUAAACUGGUGUUCCAGAAUUUUUCCUAUGGAGUUAAUGAAAUGUACAAAGCCUGUUUUCUCAGUGCAACAGUGAAGCACCUUCAAAAGUUUAUCCCUGAAAUUACUAUCAGUGACAUACUUAGAGGUCCAGCUGGAGUAAGAGCCCAAGCCCUGGAUAGAGAUGGAAAUCUCGUAGAAGAUUUUGUAUUUGAUGGAGGAGUUGGGGAUAUUGGAAAUCGCAUUCUUCACGUGAGAAAUGCACCUUCCCCUGCUGCCACUUCUUCCCUUGCAAUUUCUGGAAUGAUUGCAGAUGAAGUACAACAGAGAUUUAAAUUGUAAAUAAUGAAAGGAGCUAGGUAUGCAUUUUAAUCUCCACAUUCAGCAACAAGAAUGCACUAACUACAUUCUUUAAGUUUCAUUUAAGAAAAAUGGUUUAAAAUGUCAUUUUAGAUAACCACUGAAUUUUUACAAUUAUGUAAUGCAGAAAUAAUGAUUUUUUA